UCUCCGAGUGUAACUGCCUUCGUAAGGCGGCUGCUGCUCUGUCGAUAUGUUGCUGCUGCCCUUCCUGGCGCUUGUUCUUUGUUUCUUCGUAACUGAUGGUGAGGGCCUCCCGGACGGUGAGUCGCUGGAUUUUACCAUCAAAGUAGAACAGAGUCAAAUAAAUGCAACCGUCGGUGGAAAUGCGUUGCUUGAAGUGCAGCCGUCGGGGAACAUCUCCAGUGGAAGCUGGAGUUUUAAUGGGAAAACGGUCUGUCAGUGGAUCGGUGAACUCGUGUCCAUGGAUAAUUCCUAUACAUCGAGAGCUGAUCUAUUCAUCUCCAGCGGGUCGCUGCAGCUGAAGAUGGUGGAGAAGUCAGACAGUGGGGAAUACAUCGUGAACAUGGUGCCAACCAGAGGCUUACAAACCUCAGCGACCAUCACUCUCCAAGUGACCAAGCAUCCGAAUAGUCUGUCAGGUGGAGCGAUAGGCGGGAUUGUGAUUGGAUGCGUUGCUGGAGUGGUGAUGGCGAGUGGAUUCGUUUUCUGGUACAAAAGGAGAAAGGCAAGCAGAUGUCAUGGUCGAAUAACAAGGCAUCACCUCAGUGGACCACUGCAGUCACUUCCCCUUGGAAAGCCCUGAGGGACUAUAAAUCACCAUGUGGACAGUGGGUGGAGCCGCCAGCCUGCAGGGCCAGAGGCGUUAGUUUGAACUUGACCUCAAGGCCCGUCUUGCCUGUUGAGUUUGCUCUCUGUUUUACCGCAUGAGUAUACCCCCACAUCCCAGCAAGAUACAAGCUGGUUUUAUCACUAUUAAUCAAUUAUCAGGUGGAGUCAUUGAGAUGUUGGGAUUAACUUGAAUACCAGGAAUUAGAGGCAGGAGUUGUUUAAUCGGCCUCUCUAACGUGUCCCACAAUUCAAUUCUAUCAGUCCUCAGCUCCCACUUUGCUUUGCCUUUAAUCGUCCAUGCACCUCCCGACACCAAUGGCCUGUUCUCACCUCACAUCAGGACCGAGAUCCAGUGUUCAAUGACCGCUGCUCCUGUCCACUGCCCACUAACCAAUCCGGUAAUACUGAACCUUCGAUCAAGACUCUCCCAAGGGGUGAAAGAUAACCACAUCUGUCUUGUCCUGUGCCCUUGCGGUCCGCCAUGCUUCAGUAAGGUUACCCUCAUUCCUCUAUCAGCCGAGCAACUUAAACACAAAUUAGAAGUUAGAACACUGUAGCACAGGAACAGGCCAGCUGGCCCACAAUAUUGUGCUAAACUAAUUAUAUUGAUAAUCAAAUCCAACUAGAUGAGUCUAUUCUGCCUACACCAUACAGAUUUCCAAUUUCCUGCUCAUUGAUGUCCCGAGCCAGGAGUCCCUUGAACAACACCAUGGUAUAUCCCUCCACCACCACCCCAAGCAGCACAUCCCAGGCAGUCACCACUUUUUGUGCAUAAUAACUAACUAAAUAACUAAUUAAUUUAAAAAAGUCCCAAUAUCUCAUUUGAAUGUAUUCCCUCUCAAUUUAAGUGCAUGUCCUCUGGUUUUAGACAUUUCAAUGCAAGAAAAAUGAUACUCAAUCUCUAUCGAAGCCUCUUAUGAUCUGUCACUCCACGUAUUGAGCAGUGAAUCUCCUUUCAACUGCCUUCAGUUCCUGUCUCUCCUUAAACAAAUUCAUUUCCGUUCGUCCUGGUGUGGCCUUGCCCACAUAUCCAUAUCUCCUUCUUCCUAAACGCCAACCUGCUGCCAAUUACUAUGAUUAGUACCAAUGGGUGCUUAGUGAUUGGCACAGUUGUGGGGUCACAUGGCUUACUUCUGCCCGCUUUGGGGAAGGUAAUUACUGCCACGCUUGUUUGGUGGCCCGGCUACCCAAUACCCCCCUCCACACACACACACAGAACUCCUCAGUCCAAAAGCUCAUUCAGUGCUCUCCAGGGAUUGGCCAUUAUGGCCAAGGCACGGCCACCUCCGCAUGCAGCAGUCUCAGCCGCUGUAAAUAUUCAUCCGAAGGAGCUCAUCAACCAGCGGGACGCUUGACAAAGAUUGACUAGCAGUGAAUAGAAAACUAUAAUUGCUGCCAUCCCCAACACUUAAUAAUGAGGUUUCUCAACAGUAUUUGCUGACACAUCAUGAACAAUAAAUACCUGGCGCUAUUAGUUGGAGCUCCAGGGAGUUUUGCCACAAUUGUACUCCUGAUACUCGUAGCAACCCGUGUCACGACAUCUUAGUCUCCUGUUAUUUCGGUUACAUUACUACAAUGUGAAAUCUCCUGCUGGAGACCAUUAAAAUGCCCCAUGAAGUAACCCACCUUAAAUUUUUGGUGACUUCAUAUUUGGUCCCUCCCCAUUCACUCCUCAGCCAAGCGUUUUAAUGGAAAGUUAUCUAAACAAGUAUACGGAGUUAAGAUACCAGAGUAGAAUUAUGCCAUUUGGCCCAUCGAGUCUGCUCUGCUAUUUCAGCAUUGCUGAUCCAUGUUUCGUCUAUGCCCCAUCUCCUUCCUUCUCCCUCUAUCCCCCAUGCCCUGACCAAUCAAGAAUCUAUCAACCUCUGCCUUAAAUGUGUAUAAAGACUUGGCUUCCACAGAUGCCUGUGGCAACAAAUUCAAAAGAUUCUCCACUAUCUGGCUAAAGAAUUUCCUCCUCAUCUCCAUUCUAAAUGGCACCUCCCCUAUUGUGAGUCUGUGUCCUCUAGCCCUAGACACUUUCACCAUAGGAAAAUUCUCUCUGCAUCCACUUGAUCAAAUCCUUUCACCAUUUCAAUUAAGUCACCCGUCAUUCUACUUAAUUCUAGUGAAUAGAGGCCUGGAGCCAUCACACGCUCUGUACAUGACUAGCCAUUCAUCCUGAUGAUGUUUCAAGAUGUGAGGUUACAGACACACCUACAGACAGGCAGAGGCAGCAGUUGAUGUCAAAAUGAACCCAGUCAAGAGUCCUGACUCUCCAGAGUCUGUAGAUGCUCGAAGCUAGGCCAAUAUAUAGUCUGCAGGAGGGACUCGGAUGGGUUGAGCCGAGCAACAAAUGUUGGGGGAAGGGAAUUGUCCAGAGUUCCUCAGUGUCUCCCACCUGCUGUGCAAAUGCAACUUGAGUUUGUUUGUCAGACUGCAACUUUCCAUUUGGUUGGAUAAUGAUUUGACAAUUGGACUGCCAUAUCCUGCAAGUGCGGUUGGUUUGUGGGAGAAGUAAUGGAAUGAAUGGCUGUUUUCAAUACUGAGCGGCAUUGUUCUGUUUCUGUGUUUAUCGAUGUGUGUGAGAAUGUGUGACUUUCCUUAUCUGUAGGGGGGAGAGAGAGUGUGUGUGUGUGUGUGCGUGCGUGUGUGUGUGUGUGUGUGUGUGUGUGUGUGUGUGUGUGUGUGUGUGUGCGCGUGCGACAGAGCGUGUGAGAGAGUCUGUAAGUAGGUGAGUGUCGGUUUGGGUGGGUAUGUGUGAGUCUGAGAGAGUGAGUGUCUAUGUAUUAGAAUGUGUGUGUGUGCGAAUGUGUGCAAUUAUGUGAGAGAGACUCAGCAUCUGUGCGUGUGUACGUGUGUGUGUCUUCUAGGCUACUGAGUGUUACUCCAGCAUUAUGUUUGCCAAAGGGCAAAUACCCCAGUGUGCAGUCAAGAGAAAUUGCAUUGGAUUGUGGUAAAUAUUGUGGUACACAGGAGUAAGUGUAAGGAUGUGGCUGUGGGAAAUACCCCUUCAGUAGAUGAAUUGAGUGACCUUGUUUAUGUCUUUCUGGGACAAGCAUUUGACCUUGGUUUAUUAUUGCCACAAGUAUCUAGGUAUAGUAAUCAUGAACACUGUUCCUUUUUGCCAUCCAAAAUAGAUUGUGAUGCUAGAUUUUAAGAGACAGACCACAAUGUUUCAAUUGCAGUGAAACUGCGGUACAGGUAGACAAAUAAAGCAUGGGUGAUGCAAGACUGUGCAAAACUCGUAGGCAUCUUAGGUUUAUUUAUUAACUAUUUUUAGAUGUUUAUUUUUAGUCUUUAACAUUAGUGUUUCAUUAGAAAGAGAAAUUUUAGUUUUCCAAACAUUCAUUGAGCAAAUCAAGGAAAAAGCUUGAAAAUGUAUUGUAUUUCAUUUAAAAAGUAACAUUUUAAGUAAUAGACUGCUUUUGAAAUAAAUCUUGAUUACUCU